AUGGUCAUAAUUUUAGCGGGAACAAUUACAGAAGCUCUCAGACCAGACGAGCCGACGAAACGAACAGCACAAAGUCCUCAAAGUAAUUUUAAUGAAAAUUAUUUCCACAUUGCCUUGAUGUAUAAUAAUCUUUCGGCUUAUAAAGGCAAGAAAAAGCCUAAAGUUAAAAAGUCUUCUCUGCCUAACAUCAAUUCAGUCAGUGGAUGGUGGAAUUUUUGCUAUGGUGGUAAUCCAACGACGACAUCAGCAGCAGCAGCUGUAGAAGCAACUUCAGCGGCUGCAGCAGUAGAAGCAACCUCAGCAGCUGCAGAAGUAGUGGCAACUUCUGCAGCUACUGUAGCAGCGACUACAGCAUCAGUAGCAGCACCACAUCCGCCACUCCUUAGCAUUAUCAGUCACUUUAAGCAGCCACACGUGUUAACUCUGAUAGAAUACCAUCUUGAGUGGAUGACAUUAAAGCCAAAUGCCUUCAACAAAAUUAUGGGCCAGUGGUUGUACAGUUUGCUGGCCUGCUUGGAGAAACCCCUGUCAUCUGAAACAUGCUCACUUCUCAGGGAUUUGGUCAGGAGCUGUUGGGAUAUCCGGCUUACUACUACUAAUGAUAAUGAUAGCAGUAGUAGUAGUAAAAAGAAACGAAAGCAGCAUAGGAAUGAUAAUAACAAUAGCAAACAUGAACCUGAGAACACUUCUACUACUGCUACUACUACUGCUACUACUACUACUACUGCUACUACUACUACUGCUACUACUACUGCUACUGCUACCACUACUACUGCUAAUACUAUUAAUAAUGUUAACAAUGAUGAUAGUGAUAAUAUUAAUAUAGACAUCAAUUAUGAUGAUGACGAUUAUGAAAGUAAAAUUAUAGGUCUGAAUCUUAUUAUUUGUCUGAUAACUAAUUAUUUUGAUCAGCACGAUAUGGCCGACGAUGCUAAUUAACAUAAUUUAUUCUCUUUUUUUGCUUCUUUAACAUAAUUCAUUCAUUAAUUAGGUUUUUUAUUUGUUUUUGUAUUUUAGUUAAGUUGAUUUGCAAAACGAUCAAUUCAGGAUUUUUUUGUUACAGUAGAAGUGCAGAAUUCUUCUAAAUGUUAUUAUCAUUGAACACCUCAUUAACUUCGUGCUCGCUGAUGUGUUGGUAUUAUUUACAAAAUUGCAAUAUUUUCAUUAAAAUUGACAAAAAUAAU